CCGGCCGGAGACGAGCCCGCCCCACAGCCCGGGCCCCACAGCCCCCGCCCGCCAUGCCGCUCGCCGCGAUCGCCCUGCUGCUGCUGGGAGCCCCACUGGCGCUGGCCGGCACCGGCUGCCUGGGGUACCUGGACGAGAACGGCUCCUGGCAUCCGGGGUUUAGCUGCCCGCCUUUCACCUUCUGCUGCGGGACCUGCCACCGUCGGUACUGCUGUGGGGACCUGAACUUGCUGCUCUCCGAGCGGCAGCAGAAGCACUGCCAGGGGCUCAGACCCAGGAUCCUGGCAGGCAUCGCCUCCGCCGUGGUUCUGUUUGUGGCCGUGGUUGCCACCAGCAUCUGCUGCUGCUUGUGCACCUGCCACCAUCUGUACCGCCGGCACCAACAGCUGCAGAGCCUCUUUGAAGGCCAGGCCAUCCCAAUGACAGGCCCUGCAGCCUGGCUUCCUGUACCCCCCGGGGGUCCUCCCCACCACCCAUUCUACCCGGCUGGGCCCCCUACAUACAACCCUGCAGCUCCACCCCCGCAGGUGCCACCGUAGCCCUCCUACCCAGGAGCCUGAGGAGCCCGCGCUGUCUGCUGUCCCUUCACCGAUGCCCCUCCUGUCGUGGGCGGGAGUCCUCCACCCAACAGGCCCAGGCCGAGCCGUGCCCUGGGCCCUCCUGGGGACUGAGCCCCAGGGAAGUGGGACUUGGUCGUGACUGAGGGCCGGGUGGGCAAGGCUCGGGCUUGGCGGCCUGUUUGUUCUGGGCCAGGGAAGGACGCGAAAGCCUGGGUCACAGCCCCUGCCUUCUUGUAGACCCUCUGCUCCCAGGAUCCCGGGCGGUGCCGCUGUGGGCAGAGGCCCUGCUCCCGCCACCCCACUGCCCGGGGCUCCGGCCUGCUGCAUUAAAGCUCUGAGGACGCA